AUGAAGAUCUCCGAAAUUCUGCUUCUGGGAAAACUAGCAAAUGCUUGUCCUGAUGGAGAAUUCCAACUGACAGGGAUGAAAGAAUGUAGGCCAUAUUUGACUUGUGAAGACUUCAACGAUAUCAAAGUCCGGCGAAAAAUAAACUCCGGCAUGUCAAAAAUCAUCUUACAUGCUAAAUGGAAAGGUCAUAGCCUGGCCUACUCGAUCCCGAACAUAGAUUUUCCAGACAGAAUCGACGACUUUCACCACAACGUCGAGAUGCUGAAGAAGUUACAAUCGAGACAUGUGGUCAAAUACGUAGGGCAGUGCGAAGAUGCUAUCCUCACCGAGUUCCACGAACAAGGAACCCUUGGUGAUUUUGUUGAAUCCUCGGCGGUUUACAAAGACCUCAAUCUUCGCGAGCGAUUCGAGCUUGCUCACAGGUACUUGGAAAUUUUAGCUUUUCUUCACGACAGUCCUGCUGGAACUCGCGUUAUGUGCGACACGAACAUGGUCAAAGGGACGGUAAAACAGUACUUGGUCACUUCCGACAACGAUUUUGUCGUCAACGAUCUAGACGACCUCCGAUUAGUUGAGAACGGAAAGAUGGAAGGCCGUAUUUGUGGUCACGCCGAUUUCUUGUUCAAUAGACCGGACAUUUUGGGCGAAAAUUUUCUCGCUCCCGAGCAACGCCCCUCCAAAUCGCACCGUAACAUCCGCGACAUGCCAGUUCUUAACGAGAAAAUCGAUAUUUACAAAGUGCCUGCGAUAACAGCGUACAUCCUGGGGGAUGUAGAAGGACACAAUGAUAUCAUGGAUUUACUAACGCCUAUCCAUCAAGCUUGCUUGAAAAAGGAUCCUUCGAAAAGACCUUCAGGAAAGUUUUAG